GGGAGGCCCCCGGCUGUUGGCGUUUGGUGGUUCCGGCCACAGUGUUGCUGAUCCUCGCGUCGUUUGCUGUUUUCAGGAGGGGAGAGAAAAACCCUGCUUUGAGCCAGAUACAUCGCCGUCCGGGAAAGCGAACCACACCUGAUGCGGAAGUCGAACGUAUGAAGAUACAGAGACCGCUUUGGUCGACUCACAAUGGGAACGACAAGUGAGGAGCUGGUGUCCGUGGAGCAGACCUCUUCGUCCUCCUUCAACCCUCUGUGCUUCGAAUGCGGCCAACAGCACUGGACACGAGAGAACCACCUGUACAAUUACCAGAACGAGGUGGACGACGACCUGGUCUGCCAUAUCUGCCUUCAGCCUCUGCUGCAGCCACUGGACACCCCCUGUGGACACACGUUCUGCUGCAAGUGCCUCAGAAACUUCUUACAGGAGAAGGAUUUCUGUCCGCUGGACCGGAAACGGCUGCACUUCAAGUCGUGUAAGAAGUCUAGUAUUCUGGUUCACAAGCUUCUGGACAAGUUGCCAGUGCUGUGUCCGUUUUCUUCAGUGUGCCAAGAUGUGAUGCAGCGCUGUGAUCUGCAGGCACACCUUAAAAACAGAUGUCCUGGAGCUGCUCAUCGGAGACUUGCCCUAGAGAGGAGGAAAACUGGUAGAACUCAGACAGAGACUGAGAGUGAGAACGGACCCACUACAAUAGGCCCUCCGGGUACUUUAUCCCCCGAGGCGGACUGCUCAGGGUCGGGCACGGCGCCUACCGAGCGGAACUGUAUGCCAGCGUGCCUUCUCUCAUGGACCGAGGAGCCUGGCCUGGACAACCCCGCCUUCGAGGAGAACGCGGCUGCUGACACUUUACAACAACCACUUAGUUUACCGGAAGGCGAAAUUACCACGAUUGAAAUUCACCGAUCUCAUCCUUAUAUUCAGUUAGGAAUGAGCAUUGUGGGUGGCAAUGAAACCCCACUGAUUAACAUUGUUAUCCAGGAAGUCUACCGGGACGGGAUAAUCGCCAGAGACGGGAGACUCCUUGCUGGAGACCAGAUUCUUCAGGUCAACAACUGUAACAUCAGCAAUGUAUCCCACAACUAUGCCAGAGCCGUCCUCUCCCAGCCCUGCAGCACCCUGCAACUCACCGUGCUGCGGGAGAGGCGCUUCGGGAACCGAACACACGGCCACUCUGACGGUAGCUCUCCGCGGGAAGAGGUCUUCCCCGUGGUCCUUCACAAACGGGACUCUGGUGAGCAGCUCGGCAUUAAACUCGUGCGAAGGACGGAUGAGCCAGGCGUGUUUAUUCUCGACCUGUUGGAGGGGGGGCUGGCCGCGCAGGACGGAAGGCUGAGCAGCAGCGACCGAGUGCUUGCCAUCAACGGACAUGACCUGAAGCACGGGACCCCCGAGCUUGCCGCCCAGAUCAUUCAGGCUAGUGGAGAGAGGGUGGAUUUAACAAUUGCUAGACCAGGGAAAUCCCAGCCUGGUAAUCCUGUCCGAGACGCAGGAGCUCAGAGUAGCAGCCAGCAUCACGCACAGCCGCUGUACCACAACCGACCCAGCUCACAUAAGGAUCUUGCCCAGUGUGUUACAUGCCAAGAAAAACACAUCACUGUAAAGAAGGAACCCCACGAGUCCCUUGGGAUGACAGUAGCUGGAGGCAGAGGAAGUAAGAGUGGCGAACUGCCCAUCUUUGUGACCAGUGUGCCACCUCAUGGCUGCCUUGCACGUGAUGGCCGAAUCAAGAGAGGCGAUAUAUUGCUGAAUAUCAAUGGCAUUGAUCUGACCAAUCUAAGUCACAGUGAGGCUGUGGCCAUGCUGAAAGCCAGUGCCGCGUCCUCUGCUGUUGUCCUGAAAGCACUUGAGGUCCAGGUUGUUGAGGAGGCAACCCAGACCACGGAAGAGCAGCUGAGCACCUUCAGCGAGAAUGAGUAUGACGCCAAUUGGUCCCCGUCAUGGGUCAUGUGGCUUGGGCUUCCAAGCGCCCUUCACAGCUGCCAUGACAUAGUUUUACGAAGAAGCUACUUGGGAAGCUGGGGCUUUAGUAUCGUUGGUGGCUAUGAAGAGAACCACACCAACCAGCCUUUCUUCAUUAAAACCAUUGUCUUGGGAACCCCUGCUUAUUAUGAUGGAAGAUUAAAAUGUGGAGAUAUGAUCGUGGCGGUCAACGGCCUGUCGACUGUGGGCAUGAGCCAUUCUGCGCUAGUUCCCAUGUUGAAGGAGCAGAGGAACAAAGUCACUCUGACAGUUAUCUGCUGGCCUGGCAGCCUGGUGUAGGUUCCGAAAUCGGUUUCGAGUCAGGCCCCUUCCUUGUCUGGGCUUUGCUCACUAGCCCUUGUAACAAGUUCCUGUGCUUAGAACUCAGACCCUCCGUCGUCAGAAUGUGACCUAACAUGACCGAUGAAGUCUUCCCAAACUGUGACCCGGCCAGCUGCAUCGGAGGACUGGUGGUAGUUCCUUGGGUCCACGAGCCCCAAGACUGGGAUCAGGGAAGCCAGUGGCAGUAGCAUUUGCUGCGCUGUCGCCACGGUGCCACGAACGGAUCCCUGGGGAUGGUACCCCUCCCCCAUUUUUUUCCCUUCGGUGCCAACAUUUCAAAACUUCCUACCGUUUAUAAAGUGAUUUUUCUGACGUAUGUUACUUCUACUUUAAUCUCCUAGUACUCAUAGAUGAUGAAGACAGAAGUCUGACGCUACUAAAGAGCUUUCUCCAAAAUAAUGUACCAAUAGUUAGAAUGCUAGAUAAUAAAAGAUCACGUUUUCCAGGGACACAGGAGGUUGGGAGGUUAAUUACAGUUCCGUGCUGGAGACGGUAAAAGCAGCACUUACUUAAAGAAGUGCAAAGGCAUUCGAGAUUCAUCUCCAAAGGAACGGUUUGUUACGCAGGAAAAUUUUGGAGCGUGUUUUGCUAAAACUCAUUUUCUAGCGUUUGUAUUGUCCUUGUCAGCAGUCUUGACUGGACAUGCUUUCUGUGAUUGAUGCAGUUAAAGUAGAUAAAGAUAAAACCGUAUUGCUAUUCAAUACGCAUUCACAUAUAUCACAACUCAGUGUAGAAGGUACCCUAGCUUUAUUUCAUUCUGAGACGAGCCUUGAGUGUUUUAGAAACCCUUAUUUUUUUCCCCCCAUUAUUUCUCGUGAACUUAACCAUUUCAAGAAAAAGCCUGAAAAGUCCUGGAUUUUUAUCGAAAAUAGUAGGUUUUAGAUGCUUAUUAUCUUUCAGUCCGUCCUUGAUCACUAGGCUAUCUCUUGUUUUUCCUAAAUGUUUCUGAAAACUACGACCAGCCCGUUUUGUUCGUCCUUCACUCCACGUGGUUGUCCUUUGGAAGAACCCAUAGAGAAGCGAGUAAGAUAAGAAAUAUCUUUACCUUGCUAAUAUUAUGCAUACUUGAAAAAAGUUUCACUUAGGAACCUAGUUCAGAAUCUGAGCUCAUUUACAAGUGACCUCCGUAAUAAAUGGUAUUGUUUAUCAGAGAAUGUAUUUCGAAAAUACUACAGUAUAUUAUGAGCAUGACCACUUGAUCUUCAAGCUAGCAGUUGCAUUGCUAGGGCUUUAUUGUGGCUGUAGCAUGUCCCUGGUUAUUCCUGGUAGCUUUUUAGUGAUUUUUUUAAGCCGAUCUCUUUUGGAUAAAUAAGAAAAGGCAACAAUAAUUGCUACCGAUUUGUUCAACCCCUUAGCUACACUGUGUAUGGUCAACAUAUAACCAAGAUACAGUGGAAUGCUCCAUACAGUAUAUUACUGUUAUGUGAUGAUUGGCUUUUGAAGCAAUUUGGUAUUGACGUGCUUUGAUAUUCUAAUCGACAUGGAACAGGUCUGUUUGUUGGGUUUGUUUUUCCUGCUCCCCAGAUAGAAUUUUAUAUCCUACUUGGCUAUUUUUUUAAACAUUUUGUAAGAAUGCAUCAUUGCUUGGGGAGCGACCAUCCAUCAACAAAUAUCCUAAUGGCUACUUUGUUAUACAUAAAAUACUUACCUUGAACCUGGGGGUAUGAUGAGUAUUUUGGAAGAAGGCACUUUUUUUCAACGUUAUUUUUAUCACGGAAAUCUCGGCCUCGGCUGAAGCCAAUUUGGUUUGAUUACAAAACACGAUGGCUUUUGGUCAGAAUGACAUUUGGUGAUGGAAACUUGUUCGUAAUUUAUUGUUACUGUUGAGAUAUUUGAAUUUUCUCAUUUUAAGCGUAAAUAGUUCAAAUAUUUUGAUUUGUUCUGUGCCUUCGGUUUAAAUUAUUUCAGGAUUUCUCAAACGUGUUUAAAUAAUGGUGUGAUAAUCAUCCAGGAUGGAAAUAAAAGUCAUCCUUUCCAUGACAGUGACAUCGUCUCUUUUCUGGAGCAGCAGAUAGUGACUCCGUAUGGCGUCCUUGUAUGUGUUCACGGCACCCCUGUUGCCGUCACCGCGCCCCGAGCUCCGAACCUCAGAGUUACGAGUCCACCUUCUGAUUCUUACUCCUGUAGGCACAACACGUUGAUUGAUCCCUGCUGAUCGUUGGACAUUUUGCCCACACGGUAUCUCCAGAUCUGUGUUGCCCAAUACGUGCGGCUACUGAAUCCCUGAACAGCGACUGGGCCACGUAUCAAAAUGAUAAUACCUUGGAUACACAGGCUGAUAGAAAAUACAGUAUUUUUUUUAACUUUUAUUGUUGGUGGGUUGCCUGCCCAUCUUUUUCUAUGCAUUUUUUCCGGUCUUAUUGAGAAAGAACAUACAUCUCUGUGUACGUUGAAGGCAUACGGCAUGAUGGUUUGGGUUUACAUACACUGUGAGGGGGUCACCGCAAGAGGUUCAGCUAACCUCCGUCUUCUCUCACCGACACCGUAAAAAGAAAAGACAGAAAUUUCCCCUCGGGAUGAGAACUCUCAGGAUCUACUUUCUUGACCGUUUUCUUGUAUAUCACACAGCGUUAGCUGUAGUUGUCGUGGUGCACAUAACAUCCCUGGGACUUUUUUUAAAUGUUUGUUUAUUUUUGAGAGAGAGACAGAGAGAGGGAGACACGGAAUCUGAAGCAGACUCUGAGCUGUCAGCACAGAGCCCGGCGUGGGGCUCGAGCUCGCGAGCCUCGAGAUCAUGACCUGAGCCUAAGUGACACAUGUCACCGCUAAACCCACUGAGCC